AUGUCUUGGCUUCUGUCUUUUUGGAAAAAAGAUCAAAAGAAAGAUAGUAGUUCCGAAGGCGGUAGGGCAUUUGAAAAAUCCGCAAAGUUACAAUAUGAUUUUCACUCAGCUGAUCUAGAACGAGCCGCAUCUGCCGCCAAAACGCUAGAAAGAUCCAUGAAGAGCAAACAAAAACUCAAAAACUUGAAGAGGUCGCAAACACUAAGGCAUUUUGUUUUUUAUGAUUUAUUUAUUCAGAAAUUCGAACUCCUCUCCGCAGGCGAGGGAAUCCGUAUGGUUAUUAAUCAUGUUCAACGUGAACGAAGAGCUCUCGAAGACGAUAACGCUGCAAGCAAGAGUCGGAUGGAUUAUCAGGAUAAUCUAUCUCGCAAACGGCUCCGCGACCAGCUCAGUCAAGAAAAAUUGAGUAAGGAUGAAGAAGGUGCCAAAAAUCAGGAAGCCAAUAGACUAAAAAAUGUAGAAUAUGAGGCUGAGCUGCGAUACCAGAAUGAUCUUAAACUUCUGCAGGCUAGACUUCUAGGUGAAGCUCAAGUAGAGCGUGAAAAUAGUGAGAUCCAACUUGAGCGGGCGCGGAUGGAAGCAGAUGAAUGGCGUAAGACUGUCUUGCAAACUAUUUCUACUGCUGGUUCACUCUUUGGAGCUGGUUUAAAUGCUCUCUUAAGUGAUCGCGAUAAGGUCACUACUACAGUACUUGCUUGUACAGCCCUUACAGCAGGAGUAUAUGCUUCCCGCUAUGGCAUAAGUUCUCUAACCAAAUUUAUCGAGUCCAGAAUAGGGAAGCCAUCGCUUGUUCGGGAAACGUCUCGACUCAAUGCGGUUGACAUGCUCCAACAUCCGCUUAAGCCUGGUCUUGAAGAUCGCUUGCGAAAGAUUGCUCUUUCGACGAGAUAUACAAAGGCUAAUAACGGAUUUUAUCGCAACAUUUUAAUGGCAGGACCUCCUGGUACCGGGAAGACCAUGUUUGCCAAGGGACUAGCGAAGCAUUCUGGAAUGGAUUAUGCGAUUCUUACUGGUGGAGACAUUUCUCCUCUUGGCAAAAGUGGUGUCAGUGCUCUUCAUAAAGUCUUUGACUGGGCGAUGACUAGCAGAAAAGGGUGCGAAUGGCAUUUGACUUUUGAAGAAAUCCGUAAUAAUAAUCACCUGCUUUAA